AUGGGUUUCCGCAGCGGCUUCGUCAUUUCAUCCACGUCCUUCCUGUUCGGCAUCAUCUUCAUUGCCUCGAUCUACGACUUCCCGCUUCUCUACUUCUCCGACCUCACUGACGGAUCUAUCGAAGCUGCGGAGCGCUUUUACCUCUCGCUCUUCAAUGCGCCGCUCGCAGUCACUGCGUUGCUGCACGGUAUGAUGGGGCUGGGCAUCAUUGGCCUGGUCGCCAAGCUGCAUCGAUGGAACGAGAUCGCAAAGUACUUCGACGGCGGUUCGCUUGCUCUGUUCAUGGGCGCUGUCUGCAUGUACCUCGGUGUUGCCGUGCCCAACCUGCGACUCAUCGCGGAUCCCACAAACGAAAAGCUUGUGUGGAACUCGGCCAUUGCUACGCAGCGACAGAGCCAGUUGGAGGCAUACGAGAAGGGCACCAGCUCGUUCAAGCCAAGCGACGGACCCAUGACCCACGACGAAAAAGUCAGCGCAAUCAGGAUCAUCAGCGCUAGCAACACCAUCUGCAUCGUUCUCCUCAGUGGCGUGCUCAUUCUGCAGGUCACUGAAUGGUAUCUGGAGCGACAGGAGGCCGCUGAUGCCGAGAAGAGGCGGAGGCAGCAGGCCAAGGAGCUGGCUGAGGCGAAGAAGGCCAAGUAG